AUGGCGGACUUUCUGUUCCGGGCGUUCUACAUUCUGUCCAAUGGUCUGCAGUAGUCUUCAUUUAGCGUCCUUGCUUCCUAGUAGUACAGUCGCUGUUUCUUCCAAUAACUUGCGGCUGCUGCACAGUGAGCUAAUAGUAGCAACCAACUAAAUGGAUUAUACAGCAUCUCAAAAAGGUUUCAGACAACAGCCUAAUGUGCGUCUACGAAACAGCUCCACUGAUGGGUUUGAUGGCAGUCAGUUGUUUGAGGACACGAGCCGAUCUGGAUCACAGACGACACCCUUCAGGAACCAACAAAGCGCACCUCAUGACGCAGGUUUUUCGGGUCAGGCCAUCUUGACAGACCCCAUGUCGAACCUCGCCAUGGCUUACGGCAGCUCACUGGCAUCCCAGGGGAAGGAAAUCAUGGACAAGAAUCUGGACCGAUUCAUCCCCAUUUCCAAGCUGAAAUACUACUUUGCAGUGGACACCGUGUACGUGGGAAAGAAGCUGGGUCUUCUCGUUUUCCCCUACAUGCAUGAGAACUGGGAGGUGAGCUACCAACAGGACACACCCGUGGCGCCACGCUUUGACGUCAAUGCUCCCGAUCUCUACAUUCCUACCAUGGGCUUCAUCACGUACGUGCUGGUGGCUGGACUGGCCCUUGGCACACAGAACAGGUUUUCUCCCGAGUUGCUGGGAGUACAGGCGAGCUCAGCACUGGUCUGGCUCAUCAUGGAAGUUCUGGCAGUCCUCCUGUCGCUCUACCUCGUAACCAUCAACACCGACCUCACAACCAUCGAUCUGCUCGCCUUCUCUGGAUACAAAUACGUCGGGAUGAUUGUCGGCGUAGUUGCAGGACUGAUGUUUGGGAGGCCUGCAUACUACUUGUCUUUACUGUGGUGCUGUGCUGCCAUCUUUGUAUUUAUGAUCCGCACUCUGCGUCUGAAGCUGCUCUCAGAGGCAGCAGCAGAAGGGAGGCUGGUGAGAGGAGCCAGGAACCAGCUGAGGAUGUACCUCACGAUGUCGAUAGCGGCGGCCCAGCCCGUUUUCAUGUACUGGCUGACCUACCACCUCAUCAGGUAAACACACAGCUGCGGGAGGCGGAGGCCCACACAGAAGCUGCCCUAGGAUGAACACACUCUAUCAAGGUCAGCGCACAAGGUCGUGCUCCAUCCUUGCUUGGAGCAGCCACAAUAACGUGUUUGUUACGCCUUUUCCUCCCUCAGCACAGCCCCAUGUUGUUUGUACAACAUGUACAGCAUUCUUAUACUUAAAACAUUUGGCAGAGUUGUUUUUCUACACUGUGUAAUUACUUAAUUAUUUUUUUAGCAAUAUUUAAAUAUGUAUGUCUGUUAGGAACUGCUACGGUCUAACGUCUUCUAAGUGAUUCUUGUGAGCCAACAAGAGAGCACGCACACUUUCACGGGAAGCGAUGGACUGUACUGAUAAGAAAAGUCUGCUCUGAAAGUGUUUCAUCCGGACUAAAAUGUUUUAUGGUUGUUAGUGCGGUCGUGCGCUCACAUUGUGACAUUUGUGUGCUUUGCAUCAUGUUUUCAUGCCUGGCUGCCCGGUUAUGAAAGUCGAGUUGGACCUCACCAUCAAGUGGCGAUGUCGUUUUGAUAUCAUUUUAACAAAAGAACAAAAAAAACAUUGUAACUGUAUUUGUUUCUUUUCAUAUUGAAAGUCAGAUGGAAUAAAGGAAAUGAUGAAGUAGUCUAAUUUAAAAAGUGUGCUUGGUUGGAUUUGAAUAAGGGGAGAUGGCUGUUAACUGUUUUAAAUGUAAUGUGGAAUUAUCCUUUAUUGCAUAUCGGCAGGUACCAACAGAUCAUCUUGUUUACGCUGGUUUUGUGCUAAUAAAAUGCAGAUGAAUUGUGUUUUUCUCAGAUAUUAAUGAUAGGGCUCGACUGAUUAAUCAGCGGAUUAUAGCCAUUAGAGAAUAGAUUAAGUUUAAUUAAAAAAAAAAAAAAAAAAAACAGCCUAGCCCAACACUUGGACUGGGACUAAUAAGAACAACUGGUACUGCCGGGGCAUGUCGAAGUCAGUGUCCUAAUUAUUUCAUUUGAUCUCCCAUUGUUUACGUCAUAUAUUUGAUUUAUGUUCAAAUUCUUCAUAUGCUGCUUGUUUCACACAAUUUCUGAUAAUAAAGUAUUUUAAAGUAGUAAAAUGUUGUCUGUGUUAGGAACUAUAUUUAAUGCCUUUUUUUAUUGAAAAAUGUACAAAU